AGAAGGAGAUAUUUUGGCAAAAGGGGUAGAAUAAAUAUAGUAAUAGUUUGGCAGCAGUAGUUUAGUAACGGAGCUGAAUCCGUGUGUCCCCAUUGUUUUCUUAAAAUCCACUUCUCCAUCACUCUUUCUAUCCCUCCUCGUUGCCUCCGCCUCUGCCAUUUUCAUACCUCAAAAUGGCUCUCAAAUUGAGUUUAUCCACCUUCCAAUGCCCAAAGAUUCCACCUUUUUCCAGAAAUCAGCCCACCCAUUUCAGAUCUCACACUCUCCUCAAGGCCUCUACUCUUGGCAUCCCCCCUUUGGAGGUUGAGAAUAAGAAGAAGCCUUUUACUCCGCCGCGAGAGGUACAUGUUCAAGUGACCCACUCUAUGCCAGAAGAGAAAAUCGAGAUCUUUAAAUCUUUACAUAAAUGGGCUGAGGAGGACCUCUUGGUGCACCUAAAGCCUGUUGAGAAAUGUUGGCAGCCCAAUGAUUUUCUGCCAGACCCAGCCUCAGAAGGUUUCAUGGACCAAGUCAAAGAGCUAAGGGAAAGAUCGAAGGAGAUUCCUGAUGAAUAUUAUGUUGUAUUAGUAGGCGAUAUGAUCACAGAAGAAGCUCUUCCAACUUAUCAGACAAUGCUUAACACACUUGAUGGUGUUAGAGAUGAGACUGGUGCUAGCCCCAGUCCCUGGGCUAUCUGGACCAGAGCAUGGACGGCUGAAGAAAAUAGGCAUGGAGACCUUCUCAACAAGUAUCUCUACCUUUCGGGUCGGGUUGAUAUGAGGCAAAUUGAGAAGACAAUUCAGUAUUUGAUAGGAUCAGGAAUGGAUCCUCGAACAGAGAACAACCCCUACCUUGGUUUUAUCUACACAUCAUUUCAAGAAAGGGCAACCUUCAUCUCCCAUGGUAACACAGCUAGGCAUGCCAAGGAAUAUGGAGAUCUAAAACUGGCGCAGGUAUGUGGUAUCAUUGCUGCAGAUGAGAAGCGCCAUGAAACUGCCUACACCAAGAUUGUGGAAAAGCUGUUGGAGAUUGAUCCUAGUGACACUGUGCUGGCUCUUGCUGACAUGAUGAAAAAGAAAAUCUCAAUGCCAGCUCACCUGAUGUAUGAUGGGCAAGAUGAUAAUCUUUUUGAUAACUUCUCAUCUGUGGCUCAACGGCUUGGUGUUUACACUGCCAAGGACUAUGCCGAUAUCCUUGAAUUCUUGGUGGGAAGAUGGAAUAUUGAGAAACUGGGGGGCCUUUCCAGCGAGGGGAAUAAAGCACAAGAUUAUGUAUGCGGACUAGCUCCAAGAAUAAGGAGGUUGGAGGAGAGAGCAGCAGGUCGGGCCAAGAAGAAGGGCACUGCUCCUUUCAGCUGGAUUUUCGGUAAAGAAGUUCAGCUCUAAUGCAAAACAGAAUAAUCUGGAUAGAGUUCCAACUGAAGCUGGAUAUUGUACUCGUAUGGGCGGCUAUAUGAGAUUUGCUUGUAAAAAGAUGGCAAUUGUAGUGUGUUAAUGUUUUGUUUGUGGUCCAUACACUAUGAAAUAAUUAAUAUUUUGUUUCUCCAUAGAAGGUACCUUGUAAUGUAUGACGUGUUAGUAGAAUUUUGAACGUAGAAACAGCAUGUAUUCUACCGUGUCUGUGUUUUGUAAUGGUGGGUGUUUUGCAAUGGUGUUUUAUGUUCGAUAUUA